AUGAAGCUCGAAGAAAGCUCUUUCUCGAGACUCAUAUUACUAGAGGCUGCAGUAUUAUCGGUCAGCAAUAUUGUUGAUUUGUUGAUUUACGUCAUGUAAUACAGCAUAGUUGUUCUUGUGCAUUCGAGCGGGAAAUAUAAAGAUAUAUUCAUGUAGAAUAAUAGCCAUGACAACUGCGUUAGAAAAAUAUGUAAAAACGAUAUUUACAAGUAAUAUUAAGGGCAUAGUUAUUGAUGACAAGCAUUGUAUAAAAUACACAAAUAAAUCUUGUGUUAAACCAGAGGGGAAAUUGCCUUCACAAUUCACUUGCCAUUUGGACUAUUAAAAAGUUGGCACGAAAACAAGAAGCCUGUGUUGGAAAACUAUUCUUAUGUACAAAUACUAAACGCAUUCAUUGGUGAAUGGUACCCAACUAAGAUCAAUGAAAACUGUUUGAGAAUCGAGGAACAAUUACGAAUAAUUUGCUCGGAUGUGGUGAAACAAUUUCUCUGCAAGACUGGAAGGCGACGGCAUGAUCUGCUAACGAAAGUAAAGAAUAUUGCUAUUUACAAAAACGAGUUAAGUACUGUUAAUUUGGUGAGCGAUUUAGAAAGGCAGGUGUCACACCUUCAAAGUGUUAAUGCUUCUAUCAUUCAUGAUAAUAAAUUAUUGGAACUGAAAUACAUAGAAAAGGACGUUGCACUUGCAGACAGCACAAUAAAAGUAAAAAUCAGUGGCGACGGUGCUAAGAUGACCAGACUGACCAACUUUGUCAUCAUCAGCUUCUCCAUUCUUAAUGCGGAGGACACUGUAAUAUCGUCAAAAGGUAUUACCUAUUGUACAGUAUAAUAGGACAAUUUCAUACAGAACCCUGGCUUAGCAGGUUUAUCACUUGAAUGGGCAGGUAAAUACACUGUACCUCAGAGGUAACAUCUUACUCUUUAUUAUUCACCAUUCAGGGAAUCACACUAUUGCUGUCAUCAAGGGCCAUGAAGAUUAUGACCUUCUGAAAGUCUCUUGUGCCAAAAUAUUUGACUGCAUUAAUAGACUGGCCAGAAAAGGAACAGUUAAAGUUAGGGACAAAGAUAUUCGUAUUGAAAUGUUUCUUGGAGGUGAUUACAAGGUAUAUUAAUAGUUUAAAAUAGAACAAAUGCUAACGAUGGUCAUUGUGCUCGAAAUGAGCCAAGAGAGUAAUUUCACAUGUUUGCAAUCAUCCAAUAUAUACCCUGUUGCAAAUAUGAAACACCAUAUGAUAAAAAGGAAUGCAAUUAUGCAAGGUAUUAAUUAUUGAUAUUUACAAAUAUUUUUUAGUUUCUAUUAUUAAUUCUGGGCAUGAAAGGUGCAACCUCUGAUUUUGCAUGUAUUUGGUGCAAAAUACACAAACUAUUAAGGUAAGCCUUAGACUUCCCGCAUAUAGUAACUUGCUGUUUUAUUUUUUUAUAGCGCAGUAUUUGGAAAUUAUGUUCUGUUAUAAAUGUAUAGUAAUAUUGCAGGGCUCCAAAUGAGCCCUGUUAAGACUGGAAACCCAACUUUCAGACGAUUUCAAAAGUAGGCAAUUUUUUUAUUAAAUUUUCUAAAGUAGGUAAAUAGCCAUGUAUGAACUAGGCUAACAAAUGAGAUUGGAUUUAACUUGGAAUAGUUGGGAUAAACUGUAAACUGGGCAUUCACAGAGUGUCAGUAAGUCACUUUAUAGCACCUUGGCCCCCGCCAGACAGUGGUAAAUUGUUUUGACCUCAAAAGGUCAAAGCACUAUAUCACAUUUCGUUGUUAUUACUCUGUAAUGUUAUCGUCUGUCAAUCCAUUCACCUACUACGUCUACAAUGACAUCAUAGCCUACUUUCUUUCGGGUAAGAAAGCUGGGAACUACCUACUUUUUGUAAAGUAGGUAGUUCUCAGGCACCUGCGCACUAUAAAGUAGGUAGUUUUUAGGCUUCUGCGCCACAAAAAGUAGGUAGUUAUCAGUCUUCAUUUAAUCUUUAACUCUUCUGCCAUCGUAAGAACCCACAUUGUAAGCAUGCCUUACAUUCCAAAUGUCCAGCGACAACAAUUAAGUAUAAAUAAUAUAGUUUCAUCACGUCUCUUGCUGCUGCGUAACGCCACAAAGAUAAAUAGCGAGUUAGCUAACGAGAAGAGUUACCAUCAAGCGUCAAGCCAUGACUUAUGAGCUUGUUCUGUGCGCAGAAUUAUGCGAUCACACGUAAAAUGUUAAUAUCUGCAGUAUAAAUAUGUUACUACACUCAAAAUUAUUUGGUAUCCUAUAUAUUAGGCAGCAAAGAACUCAUGUGUCAUACUGUAAAUUCAUGUUUUACUGUCAUAGAAAAUAAGAGUAAAUUACGUUUUAAUUUAAUUUUUUGUCUCGUUCGAGAGUUUCUACUACUGCAUCAAGCUUCAUUGCGUCAUUUCAAAGUGCGCUGUGUGUCAUACUGGGCGUAUUGCUGAGUAACUACAUAACGUCAUUUUCUAUAAAGGAAAAGAUGACGACUCAACCGCCGUUAAAUAUGAUGUCAUUGUAGUAAAUAGCAGCUAUAAAAACGAUAAGAAUUACAAGUUUACUCAGUCUUAUGUGUGCAAGUGAGAAAAAAAUUAUAAAAGAAUAUUUUAAUUUAAAAGUCAUACUUAGAGCAAGGAACUACCGAUCUAACAUCAGAAGAUGUCCUCUAAUGAAUUGUAGGACAUCUAUAGUAGGCUAUCAGAUCCAAAACUAGGUUGUCACCCAGGAACCCCAGGCACAAGAAAAAGUCCCUUUGGAGCCCUGAAUAUUGUUUAUUUUAUUUGCCCAAAAUACAGUCAGUACCAUUCUUUUAGAUGGGAUAUGUCAAAGGCCAUGGAUUACUGGGAAACACAUGAUCACCGAACAAUAGAAGACAUCAAAUCUUGUGCCCUGAAAUCUGCAUUUUCAUGUCAGCAUCAGCCAUUACUGGACAUCAAGCUUGAGAAUGUGGUGUUGGAUGAGCUCCACUUAAUGCUUCGCAUUACCGGUAUUAUAAAAUAGAUUAUAAGAGGGCAUGUCAUUGCAUGUAAAGAGUUAGUUUGCUGCAUCCAUUUGCCAGAGCUAUGAAACAUCUGGCCAGAGCUAUGCUGGAUUGGGGUUACAGAAAUCUUGGAAGAUCAGUUUAGCUAGAACUACCUUGCAGACAUAACCAGUAUAAAAAAGGUGGUUUAUAGUUAACUUUGUCUUUAAAAUAUCUUCAGACAAAUUGACGAAAAGUUUAGUCAAUGGGGCUAUUGAAUGGGAUCAUAAAGACAACAUAAACAAGGCCCCUAAGGAUAUGGAAAGCAAGCACCUGACAGACCUUAUUGACACCAUUCAAGCAUGUGGAGUAUCCUUCAAUGUUUGGGAAAAGAAAAAUGCCAAUGGUAAAAGCAGUGGGGUGUAUGAUUUUACGAGUCUUACUGGUUCGGACAAAAAGCGUUUAUUAAAGAAUCUUCCAGAAAAGUUAAAGAACACCCUAAAUACAGACGCAAAUGACUCUGUUGUAAAACUCUGGGAGGUACUUGUACUUUUAAAAUAAAUGAAGAUUCAUUUUUAUUUUUUAAAUUAUACUGGAAUCACUCUGCAAAAUCAAGGUUGGAAUACAAAUAAUGUAGUAUUGUUUCCAGAUAUCAAAAGAAAUUAUUUCUACAUUCUAGGGCUUUGCACAGGUAUACGAGAAGAUGAAUCAGCGCAAUCCCUCUGCCGAAAAGUUGCUGAUUUCUUUGAGAAGGUUGAGUUCAAACUACUAUUAUUCGCUUUCUGUCAAAAUUAAAUAAAAGUAAUCAGUAUACAAUAAUAUAUCAUUAACAAAUUAAUUAAUGACAUAUAUGCUGACCACUUCACUUCUCACAUAGUAACUAUAUUUAGCUAUAUAAAUCAUUUGUUUCAUUUAUCAGGCUUCAGCAUGGAUUCAACUAUUUUGCUCCCUUGGAGAAGGGAUCGGAUUUGGAAAACAAGCAGUGACACCAUACACUUGUUUAUCAUGUCCCAAAUUUCAUGCUUAAACACAAUGGCUUUAGGAAGUUUUCAGGUCAAGGUAAUUAAAGUAAUGCAAUCUUUGCAAAAGCCGACUCAUACAGAGAGGCUGCUACCAGUGGCAAGGCUAGCCAUGACGUUUGGUCCUCCUAUGCUAAUCAAGACAUUGCAUAAAUCAUCACAAAUCUGCACAGCAGGACCAUUUGCUAUGGCUAUCUAUACUACUGGAUGAUACAGCAAACCCAUUAUUAUCACAAGUACAGUUCAUUUUCUCUAGUGAUGUAUAUUUAUUGUACAUAUUUUUACAUUACAGGGGUAGAAAAAAAUAACGAUGAUGUAAGAACUUACCAUCGGACAAAAUCUAACAAGUGGGAUGCCCCCAGAAAUAUUCUCCUUGCUAGCAAGAGGUUGCAAGUGACUGGCGAACAAGCAAGAAAGCGCAGAGGUUACCAGAAAGCAAACAACGAAUAUUGGUCGACUCAAAUAAAUGAGAAACGAGCUAAGAGAAGAAAGCAGUUAUUAGCAGAGGCAAAUCUCGAAUGUGGAGACAGCGCUUUUGGUCCAGAUCAUUUGGAUAUCACUAAUCUGUCAGUUGCUGAAAUCAAAGCAAAGCUUCAGGAAUUAGGGGUGAAAACUCGUGCACGCAAGUUAGAAAAGUUACAGGAUAUCUUACGAGCUGCAUUGAAAGACUAAAUAACUGUGUCCCCCAUUUUAUAGAAAAGUAUAUCAAGCAAUUUAUAAUUGUAUCAUCCAUGUAUUUACACUAAAUAUAUAUUUAAACGUUUUCUGCAUUACAAGGAAGGCGAGCAAACGAAACACUAAUUUUUUCUAUUGGCAGCCUUGGUCCUUCUACUAGUUCAGCGCCAUUAAAAAUAUAUUUCUUGGCUGACCAAUGUAGUACUGAUUUAGCCUUAAGAGGGAAAUCUAUCUUUCUGCCCUCACCAUGUCGAUUGCAGUAGUACCACCAGUCGCUAGGUAGCAUUGUAAGUCGACUGAAAUCUCCCUUUUCAUACAUGAAAUGACCCCUGUGUGCAGAUGGUUUUCCUUUUCCUUGCGUCACAUAUCACCAUACAUCAUGAUCAAUUUCGAUUUGGCCCGUAGCAUUAAGUGAUUUUGAUCUAAGCAUUGAAAGAAUGUUGCAGCAGAAUGCUUUAGCAGCUUGAUCCAGUCUACUAACAGAUGGCUUGGGUGGAUUUUCAUAACCCCUACAAAUGCCCAACAAUAUAAAUUGAUAAAUACCAGAGCAUCAAUCAUAAAAUAUAACAAAAUUUAAAAUUUGGCUGAACACUUGCCUGAGUAAAUCAUCAUUCAGAUUUGUAGAAGGCUCCCAUGUAGAUGACUGAAGUGGCCAACCAGCCCAUUUGAUAAGAUACAAAGUGUCCUAAGAAAGUCUAGAUCAGAGAAUCUAGAUCUGAAACUAUCAAGCCAUGCCCUAUAUUAUAAUAUAGCUGACGUCCAAAUGUUUACAAAUCUUAUAAUUUAAAUUUGCCAGCCAGUAUCAACAAAUGACAAUAUGCACUGCCAUAUCACUGACAUGCAUUUUUGAAAGUUCUAUUUUAUAACACACUUGAAUUGCAAUGUCAAAUGAAAAAGGUUGUCAAACAACAUAUCCGUGCAUUAUAGAUGUUGUAAAUGCUACGCAUACACAAGAAUAUAUAUUAAAAGCAUUGCGUUUUGUAUUUCUUGGCAUUAUUUAAAUACAAAAUUUAAACAAAACUUUGGCCAUUUAUACUUACGUAUUUGACUUUCUUUCUGGAAUAAGUCUCUCCACUUCGUAAAUUUCCCGCCUUUUCUUCUUCGAAACACCAUUGUAUAAAACUACCGAGCUAAAAUUGUGCAGUUCCGAAUAACUACCUCCAAAAUUUGAUGCAGAACGUUUAGUUGCCAGUUUGAAUAUUUCAGCGAUUACCCGCUGGUCAUAGAACGGCUCAAUGUCUUGAAUUUCUGGCCAUGAGAUAUAAAUAUAUGCCUGAAGCAUCUCGGACAGACUCUUGAAGGAAAAGGAAUUGGGAAGCAACAGUGCACACUGGAAAAAGGAAACAUAAAAAGCACAUUUUCAUACUAAUCAAAUCAAGUCAUUUUAUUUCACACCUUUUUUACAAAAAAGAGGACAGGUUGACAAAUAGGAAAUAUAAGUAUUAUUACAAUGGUGCUGGGAAGUUGGAGUAACUAUAAGUUUUCUAAGCCAACUCCCCUUUGAAUUUAUUAAGGAAAUAUAAAAUAUGUGGUCAAUCUAUGGUUUUUUCAUAUUCAAGUAUUAGUAUUAUCCAGUCAAACAAUAAAGUGUAUAACAAUAACGGAUAAUUAAAUUAAUAUAGUUGAUAUAAAUGUGUGAAAAGAAGUUAAAUAUUAAUGGCUAUUAAUUCACUAGAGCAAAUGAAAAUCUAUGUAUAGGUCAAAAAACAAUUAUGUUUUACAUAUUUCUUAAAUUUUGAAUAUGAAUACUUUCUUAUAUAAUUUGGCAGGUUAUUCCAAAUUGUAGUUCCUUUUAAUUUAACGGAAAAAUAACCAUAAUUAGUUGAUGAUGGUAAUACAAAUAGAUUUUUUGAAGCAUGUUGGGUGUUACAAUUAUGCAUGUCAGAAGCUGGUGUUGCAUAAUCAUUGAAUGCUUCUGGCAACUUCUUGUUUACCUAAUUAUGCAUAAAUAGAGCCAGAUAUAGAUAAUUAAUGUCUGAUAAUUGUAGGAUGUGGAGGUAUCUAAAGAGUGGAGGAGCAUGAGCUUGAAAAUGUGAAAACGUCAUUAUUCUAAUAGCUUUGUUAUUUAACUUGUUUAGAUGAGACAAUCUUGUUUUGUAAAUAUGGAUAAACAAGAGAAUAAUAAACUUGUUUUAGUGCAG